AUGGCCAACAUGAACUCAAAGUGGAAGGAGAGGCUCACGGAGAAGCAGCUGGAAAGGAAGAGGAGGCUGGAUAGAAUCAACCAGCGAAAUUAUCGGAGUCAGUUCAAGGAGAGCGAGGCCGAACUGGGCUACUUGCGCCUCCUCGCAAGAAGUGACCAGCUCGAAGUCUUGAAAAAGCUGAUGGAGGAGAACAACCGUUACAAAACCCAGAUUGCAUGGCAACAGUCCAGGCUCGAUGCCAUCGUGCUGAUGCACGGUGCCCACGAUCGAUCGGAUCAAGCCACCAUGUCCAUCUCUGCCAGAACCCCUCCUUCAUCGGUGCUGGGGGGCAGUCCGAUGCGCGGCACAGACAACUUUCCCCCGCCAUCGGACUAUUCCUCUCCCUCGGCCACCUCAGUGACCACCUCCAAAGUCCUGCACGAAGAUGUACCCUGGUUCAUGACGAGGACCUCCAUGUUUUUCCAGGUGGCCAAGGAUACAGGGUUUCAGACCAAAGACAUCGGAGACGAUAUAUCCGUGAAUGACUUCCUCGAAUCUUUCAUGGCUUGGAAAAUCCAGCACGGCUACGGCAACAACAACAUACAACUCCUCAUCGACUACUCCAACUACGCGUUCCAGACCACAGUUGAAGAAGUAGAUCGAACCGUGAGGUCCAAAACAUUGAUGCAGGAUAUUUACGCCGCACUCGUCUACGGGCAUCCGUGGCCUUCCCCAUCAUCCCGAGCAACAUUGGAGGAAGAUCUUCUCCCCAAUCUCAGCGAACGAAGCCGUCAUCACCGUGCUGCCGCUCUGUGUGCAUUCCGGGGACUGUAUCGAUGGAGGGACAGAUUCUUUUCCGAAAUAGAGUUUGUGGCAAUUUUUUGGACCACUUACAGAUACUACCUGUUUCUCAUCUUUCCAACAGUCGAAAACUGGUCGCAGUUCCCUCGAUGGCAGCGUCCGACCAAAUCCCAGCUUCUCCUCCAGCACUCCUGCUUCGUGGAUGGAAUCGUAUGGCCUGAACUGCGCGACCGGCUAAUUGUCGGGUUCCCGAAAUACGACGAAGAGAGGCUCAUCUGGGCUCUGACCCGGAACAUGAGAAUCAACGCUCACGGCCUCCGCCCACACCAGCUGUUGACGCUUAAGCCGGAUGUGUCGGAUUUUGAAAUGGAACCUUCCCUGAGGUCCAUCGUCUGUGAUCCGUCUAGCUUCACGGUAUUACCUGCCUUCCGGCGCUCGUGUCCCGAGUUCGCAGACCUAGCCAUCUCCACCGCCGAGGAGCAAUGUUUUGCUCCGUACGUCGGAAGUGAUGCCGAUUCAACCCCCGGUCAUCAACCGCAUGAUUUUCCACAAGAGCAGCCUUGCAACUCGGGUCCGCUUUAUCCGCAGGUGUCUCCGGUCAUGAACAAUGCACCGCAGCCAAAGACUCAAUUCAUGCCCGAAAACGACCAUCCCGCCGCAGCGCAACUACCCGAUCUCGGAUCCACAGAUCCAUUUUUUGAUUUUUUCUCACAAGAGCUCGCGUCCAUGGCCGAUGAUCAUCGAAUGCCCAUGUCCCCUGGAGGUACAAUGGGUGGAUUCCGCGAUCUCAAUUUCCUAGACGAUAUGUUCGACUUUGAUUGUGCAACAUCGUUGACCGAUCCGACGCUGAGACCAUGA